UGACAGGAGUGACAGUUUCGAAAAAAAGAAAGAAGAAAAGUAAAGUAUACUAAAAACAAUCCUGGAAGGAACGGAAAAGCUAUGUCCCUAUUACAAAUCGGUGAUCAGCUGUGUCGCAUUUGCUCUAAAAGCUCUACAAAAAUCGUUAUCCUCAAUGAAAUUGUGAAUGGGAGAUCACUGACUGAAAUGCUAAUUUAUUGUGCCACGAUAGAGGUUUUUGAAGGCGAUGACCUACCAUUCCAAUGUUGUGUAGAUUGCAAGUUCGAUCUAAUUGUAGCGUAUAAUUUGGUGGUACGUUGCAAGGAAUCUGAUGCUUUCUUUCGAAGUCAGCUUACCGAUAGAAAAGAUGCUAUACCACUACUAUCGUAUGGAUCUAACAAUGCGACAAAUGUCAACCAAUUGAAAACGGAAUUCAAGAAGGAAAAUGAAUGUGUAUUUGCAGAACCGAUAUGCGAUCUGUAUGUAUCAACCGAUGAACAACCGAACAUUUUACUGCGUAAUGAAAGCGAAGGUUUUAAUAGCGAUCAUGACGCUAACAAUGAUGAUAAAGUCGGCGGGGGAUUGCAAGAGGAUGAUAGUGAAAAAAAUCUAGAAAGCAAUGUGGAUGACAGCGAUGCUGACGAAAUAGUAUACCAGACAAAGCGAAGUAGGUAUGCGAAAGAAGAAUCCUCUUCUUCCCCCAAACGAUGUUGCAAAUGUAAGACGCGGUUGAAAAAUAAAGAACAAGUUGAGCAACAUUCUAAAAUACAUAUAGAAUCAAGAAUUUUCGACGAGCAAAUAACUGCAGCUAGACCGUUUGAAUGCUUGGUUUGCUUUAAUCGGUAUACCAAGAAGAGAGCCCUACUCCGUCAUCAACGAGAAAUGUACAUCGUAAAACAAUUUCAAUGCGAUCAAUGUGGCAAAGAAUUCCUCACAGAAUCUCAACUAGCGGAUCACAAAGAAUCUCAUGAUAAAGAUAGCAGUGGCAGAAAGAAACAACUCACAAAAUGCUGUGCUUGUCCCCAACAGUUCGAGUCCGAAGAAUUGCUGAGAAAACAUGCUGACGAAAUCCAUCUUCUAGAAAGUCAAUCUUCAACAAACGAUAUUGAAAAAAAAUUCAUUUGUGACAUCUGCCACCGCAGGUACAAAACUAAACGGACAUUGUUAGAACACAAAACCAGACCAUACCUUAAGGAGCAAAACAUGUGUACUCAAUGUGGUAAAAUGUUUCGUGAAAAACGCUUCCUCAUUGAUCAUGAACGUUGUCACCAAGGUGAUCGUCCAUUGGUAUGUCCGGUUUGCUCGAAAACAUUUGCUAUAAAGGACUCGUACAGAAAACAUGUGAAGUCGCAUUCGAUUGAAAAGGAUCGUUUCAAAUGUGAAAUUUGUAGCAAAGGGUUCAUGACCAAGAUGAACCUAAAAAGUCACUAUAUUACGCAUAGGACGGAUUAUCGACCGAUGAGCUGCAGUUUCUGUUCGGCGUCAUUCGCACGAAAGGCAACUCUCAAACUCCAUAUGAGGUUGCAUACUGGCGAAAAACCACACAAGUGCAAUAUGUGUGAUGCAAGCUUUGCAUGUCCGGGCAAUCUUAAAAAGCACAUUAUGGCACACAAGGGCAUUAAACCGUACAUCUGCAAUGUAUGCGAGAGGGGAUACCCACGACAAGACUAUCUGCGUAAACAUAUGAUAUCGCAUAUCGCAAGUCAUGCUGGUGUUCCGGCAGUGUGGGCCGAAGGUGAUGAAAAGGCGCGAGCAACGAUUUUGCUGCUUCUGGAAGAUAACCAGUUUGGUGUUAUUCGAGCCGCGAAGACAGCGAAGGAAGCGUGGGCAGCGUUGGCCAAACAUCAUCAGAAGGUCACCCUAUCGACGAGAGUUUCUUUGUUGAAACGGAUGUGUGAGACCCGCUACACGGAAGGAGAAGAUAUGGAAGAUUAUCUAUCGAAAAUGGAAAACCUGUACACAAGGCUGUGUAGUGCUGGAAAGGACCUGGGAGAAGACACCAUGGUUGCUUUCAUCUUGCGGGGACUCCCGAAAUCGUUCGACGCAUUGACUACAGUUCUGGAGACGCGUGCGGAUGAUGCUCUGACACUGAACUUAAUCCGAGAAAAGUUGCUGGACGAGCAGAAUAAGCCCAAUCGCGAUGUAAAAGGUGAGUCGGCGUUGAAAUCGGUUAAACGGAAAACGAUAAAGUGCCAUUUUUGCAAAAAGCCUGGGCACAAACAACGCGACUGUAGGUUGCAGAAGGAACAAGCUGCACCGAAGAAGCAAAAUGCGAAUGCUGCUCAGGACGGGUGUUCCGGGAACAUGUUUGCGUUGACCGUUGGAUGCUCUGCAAAUGACUGGAUCAUCGAUUCCGGUGCAAGUUCACACAUGACAUCGAAUAAGGAUUUCUUCGAUGGUUUGAAGCCAGCUGAGGGUAAGGUUCAACUAGCUGAUGGUCGUGUCGUAGCUGUUGCUGCUGCUGGUAAUGGUGUGAUUAAGUGUACGGACGAUUCGGGAAACAUAAAUCAAAUUCGUCUCGUUCAUGUGUUGUAUGUCCCGAAGCUAUCAGCCAGUCUUAUGUCAGUGCAUACUAUGACCACAAGAAAAGCGAAAAUACAAUUUGACGAAUAUACGUGCAAAAUUACUGUUGGUGGGAAAAUAAUUGCAACCGCAACGAAACAUAGGGGACUGUACCUUCUGAACAAAGUUGAGCAAGAAAUCACCUCGAAGGCAACCGUAUCUCAUACGCGAGAAUGUCAACAUACGUGGCAUCGACGAUUUGGACAUCGCGAUCCGGAUGCAUUGGAAGUACUCAUGAAGAAGAAUCUUGUUACGGGCAUGAAGAUCGCCGACUGCGGAGUACUUGAAGGGUGCGAAUGCUGUUUAAAAGGAAAGCAGGCUCGAACUCCCUUCCCCAAGACCUCCGAGAAGAAGACUAAUGCGCCUCUGGACCUCGUACUGUCGGAUGUGUACGGACCGUUGGAAGUGUCCUCGCGCAUCAGGUCUGACAGGGGAGGGGAGUACUCGAGUGAAGCGUUGCUAGCUUUUUAUCGUGAAAAGGGAAUUCAUCCCGAGUUUACCGCCGGUUAUUCACCACAGCAGAACGGAGUGGCCGAACGACGUAAUCGAUACAUAAUUGAAAUGUGCCGAUGUAUGUUAAUUGACGCCAGGAUGCCAGCGAGACUUUGGGCCGAAGCUGCUGCUACGACGGUAUAUCUUCAAAACUAUUUACCUUCGAGAGCUGUGAAUUCGACGCCAUACGAGCAUUGGUGGGGACGCAAGCCGGACGUUUCACACUUGAGAGUGUUUGGCUGCAAGGCGUUCGUCCAUGUGCCAAAGGAGAAACGGAGAAAGCUAGACGAUAAGGGAAAUGAGAUGACAUUUGUGGGCUAUUCCAGCAACCAUAAAGCCUACAGAUUCAUUGAUAUCACUACAAAUAAACUGGUCAUUAGUCGUGACGUCCGUUUCGUUGAGGAGGAGGUAGUCCACCCUGGACAGGACCUAUUGAAUCCGGAGCAAGUUGAAUCAGUUGACGAAAUUCUCCAGUCGUUGGCUCCGAUAAAAGUUGUGAACCGUGAUAUUCAUCAGGAAAAUGUCAUUGAAGGAAUUACAAAUCCUGUACGUGAUGAAACAGGUGAUACCCCUGAUGACAUCUCAGAUGACGAGACCGACGAGUUUGACACUUGUGAUGAGGAAAUCGAACUAAGGAGAUCUGAUCGUUCAACCAAAGGCAUCCCACCAAUACGAUACGAAGAUGCAAGUAAUCUGGCGUACGGUAGUGAACCAAGAUCCUACGAAGAAGCGAUAAAUGGAGCAGAACGUGCAUCCUGGACCGCAGCGAUGAAGGAGGAGCUCCAAAGUCAUCAGAGAAAUUCCACGUGGACAAUCGGCCCUCUCCCGAAAGAAAGAAAAGCGGUCGGCUCUAAAUGGUUGUACAAGCGUAAGUUGGACGAGCAUGGCAACUUUAUACGAUACAAGGCGCGACUGGUCGCUCAAGGCUUUAGUCAGAAGUAUGGCACUGACUUCGACCAGGUGUUUGCUCCUGUGGCGAAACAGGUUACUUUCCGUUUUUUGUUAACCAUUGUAACUCGUCGUCAACUUUUGGUUAAACAUGUUGAUAUUAAAACGGCUUAUUUAUAUGGAAAACUUUCCGAGACCGUUUAUAUGCGCCAACCUAGAGGUUACGAAACUGGAGGUAUGAACGAAGUAUGUCACUUGAAGAAGAGCCUCUAUGGCUUAAAACAAUCUGGAAGAAUUUGGAACAAGACGAUUGACGACUGUUUCAAGAAGUUGGGAUUUGUGCAAUCAAUCGCUGACGCGUGUUUGUACGUAAAGACCAAGGAUAACAAGCAUUAUUUUAUCCAUUUGUAUGUUGAUGACAUGCUGAUAGUUUGCGAAUCUGAGGCAGAAUACGAAGCAAUAUUAGGAGCGUUGUCUAAGCAAUUUAAUACCACGCCCCUUGGCGAUGUCCGACAAUAUUUGGGCAUUCAGGUGGAUCGCACAAGCGAUGGACGUUGCCUGCUAAGUCAACAGUGCUAUAUAGAGAAACUGGCCUCUAGAUUCGGUUUGGAAAAAGCGAAACCAUCAUCCAUUCCAAUGGAACCAGGCUAUCUUCAAGCAAAGGAGGAGAACAAGCUGCCAAAUAAUGAUUCUUUUUCAAGUUUGGUUGGAGGUUUGCUUUACAUAGCGGUAAAUACGAGACCGGAUGUGGCAAUUAGUGUAUCCUUGCUUGGGAGAAAGGUGAGUUCUCCUGAUGCUGCUGAUUGGGCUGAAGCUAAACGUACGAUGCGGUAUCUGCUGGCAACGAAGAACUUUCAGCUGAACUUGGGCGACGCGAAAGGUGGUCUUAAAGCGUAUGCGGAUGCAGAUUGGGCAGGUGAUCGUCGGGAUUGUUGGCGCGUUCCUCAGCGCCAAGGCAGUGGACUGAUCUUGCUCUACGAGGACAAUCAAAGUGCCAUCCGGCAACUGGAAUCGGAGAAACUUGAACGACGUUCUAAGCACGUGGAUACGAAAUUCCAAUUCACCAAGGACCUGGUACAACGAGAAAGAGGAAUAGUAGAGAAUACCAAAAACAAUCCUGGAAGGAACGAAAAAGCUAUGUCCCUAUUACAAAUCGGUGAUCAGCUGUGUCGUAUCUGCUCUAAAAGCUCUACAAAAAUAAUUUCCCUCAAUGAAAUCGUAAAUGGGAGAACACUGACUGAAAUGCUAAUUUAUUGUGUCACGAUAGAGGUUUCUGAAGGCGAUGAUCUACCAUUUCAAUGUUGUAUAGAUUGCAAGUUCGAUCUUAUUGUAGCGUAUAAUUUUGUGAUACGUUGCAAGGAAUCUGAUGCUUUCUUUCGAAGUCAGCUUAUCGAUAGUAAAGAUGCUAUACCACUACUAUCGUAUGGAUCUAACAAUGCGACAAAUGUCAACCAAUUGAAAACGGAAUUCAAGAAGGAAAAUGAAUUUGUAUAUGCAGAACCGAUAUCAGAUUUCUAUGCACUAAACGAUGAACAAUCGAACAUGUUACUACGUGAGGAAAGUGAAGGUUUUAAUAACGAUGACGACGUCAACAACGAUGAUAAAAUCGGCGGGGGAUAUAUGCAAGAGGAUGAUAGAGAAGAUGAUAAUGAAACAAAUCUAGAAAGCAAUGUGGAUGACAGCGAUGCUGACGAAAUUGUAUACAAGAGAAAACGAAGUAGGUAUGCGAAAGGAAAAUCAUCGUCUUCUCCUAAACGAUGCUGCAAAUGUAAGAUGCGAUUGAAAAAUAUAGAGCAAGUUGAGCAACAUUCUAAAAAACAUAUAGAAUCAAGAAUUUUCGACGAGCAAAUAAUUGCAGCUAGACCGUUUGAAUGCUCGGUUUGCUUUAAACGGUUUACUACGAAGCGAUACCUAGUCCGUCAUCAACGAGAAAUGUACAUCGAGAAAAAAUUUAAAUGCGAGGAAUGUGAUAAAGAUUUUCUCUCAGAAUCUCAACUAGCGGACCACAAAGAAUCUCAUGAUAAAGAUAGCAGUGGCAGGAAGGAAAAGCUCACAAAAUGCUGUGCUUGUCACCAACAGUUCGAGUCCGAAGAAUUGUUGAGAAAACAUGCUGACGAAAUCCAUCUUCCGGAAAGUCAAACUUCGACAAUCGAUAUUGAAAAAAAAUUCAUUUGUGACAUCUGUCACCGCAGGUACAAAACUAAACGGACAUUGUUGGAUCACAAGUCAAAACCAUAUCGCAAUGAGCAAAACAUGUGUUCUCAAUGUGGAAAAGUAUUUCGUGAAAAACGCUUCCUCAUUGAUCACGAACGUUUGCACCGGGCAGAACGUACAUUGGUAUGUCCGAUUUGCUCGAAAACAUUCGCCAUAAAAGACUCGUACAGAAAGCAUGUGAAGUGGCACUCGAUUGAAAAGGAUCGAUUCAAAUGUGAAGUUUGUAACAAAGGAUUUAAGCUGAAAGAAGGCCUGAAACGUCACUGUAUUACACAUAAGCCGGAUUAUCGACCCAUAAGUUGCAGUCUGUGCCCAGCGACUUUCGCUCGAAACGUGUCUCUCAAAUACCACAUGAGGGUGCACACUGGCGAAAAACCAUUCAAGUGCAAUAUGUGUGAUGCAAGCUUUGCAUGUCCGAGCAAUCUCAAACAACACAUUAUGGCACACAAGGGCUUGAAACCAUACAUCUGCCACAUAUGCGGGAAGAGAUAUCCGAGACAGGACUAUCUGCGUAGACAUAUGGUAUCGCAUAAUGCAAACAAUUGAACAAAAAUUUCUACUAUCGUAUCAAUGAAGCGAUUUUCCAUCUUAUUUUUUACUUAGGACUACGUCUUUCAGGCAGGGUUAAUAACUAUUUUUACUGCAAACGAAUUCUGAGGAUUUGCAUACCAAUCGAAACGAAAAUUCUCUAUUAUUUUUUGAUAUGAUAUAAAUCACAAUUCCCUAAUCGCUUUUUUGAAUUUUUGGGAAGCUUAUGCCCUCAAAAAUGUUGUCCUAAAGGAUUUUUCGAUAUUUGAUUUCGUUGAGAAGCGUUUUCCUCGAAACCAUGUUUUUUCAGCUGGUGGUAUUGAUAUCUCAGGAUCUACACGACCUAUAUGGCAGAUUUUUUCAGUAUGUAAAAAUGAAUUAUCUAAAGCCAUUUUUUCAUAUCUCUUUUUUUUCGAUUUGUUUUUGAGCUUCUCAACAGCGAUUUUCCAUAAAAAAAUAGCACAUUUUUAACACAAAUGGCUGCCACAUGGAAAAGAUUGAUAGGAAAUAUUUCUACGCUGGACAAUUGUGGAAUUUCAAGCAUUAUCUAAACGCGCUAACUGCCACGUUUUGAUUGGCCCUAUUUGGGCUCCUCAAAUUGUGCCGAUCAAACGGAUGAACCACAAUAACAAACCAAUUGUCACGAUGCCUGAGGAAACUGGCAUCGCACAUAUUAGCAAGUUGGGGGCAAUUUCCGUUCCCCCAAAAAGCGUUCCCACGUUCACACAUACUUCAAAAGCAAUGUUUCUGCACCCAGAAAAACCCUUACGAAAAGAAGCUACCAAAUCUUUGGUAAUGCAAACAUUGGUAGAAUGUACAUAUUUUCUGUACAUAUUACUAAUCGUAUGUAGAAUGGGUGUCAUAUCAGUACCAACGAUUGGUACAUUUUACUACAUGGUGUUCGUAUCUUUAACGAUUGGCAAACACGAAAAGAAUGUAUUUGUUGAAAACAUUGUGUAGACAAAAUUUUGCGCUCGAAACCUUUGGCUCCAAUAUUGAUUCGAGAGAUUGCCAGAAGGAUGAAUCUUACUGAGAUCUUUCAAGUGGUCUAUACGGCUGGUGUUGUGUUGACGAAUUUACGCAAAGCUGAAUCAGCUCAUGCGACACCUACAUUAGAGCUCAGAACUACAAAAGUGAGGGUGUUUGUUUAUUUUACGCACUGAAAAGCGCGAUUCGGUCGUAAUUAUUAAUUUUAGUCACUAAAUGUCGUCAGUAUAUGGUUAGAAAAUUAUUGUUUUGUAUAUUGCCGAUGGUUUCAGCAAGCGAUUUUACCAAAGUCAUAGAUAAUCUUCGGAAAAUUUAGGUUUGAUGAUGCAUACCGGUUAUUGAUACUAUGGAUAAUUGCGAUGAAAUCGAUAUCAUAUCAAAUUGGCUGAUAUCAUUGAUUAUGUAGGGGCCGAUACGAGAAGGAUUUGUAGUAUUUUUAGCGCAAAACACCUUAUUCGUCGUUUACUUAGUUGAAAAAAAUUAAAGUUACAAUACUUAUAACAAGCCAUUCCUCGUAAUAUACGUAGCACAUUGAAAAAAUGAUGAUUUUCUUACCUUUUCAGCGUGGAAAGUAUACAUGGAACCGAAAAAUUUGAAGAUAAAUUCUGAUUUUUCUAAAAAAUUUGAACGAAGUUCAUACCAAAAAAACAAAACAUCCUCAUUUUACUCGCUGCGCCAUCUGGUUGUAAAUCCAACGUAAAUUCGUCAAUUGGCGAUCUAACGCAAAACGUAAACGAUCGGUGAGACAUCUGGAUUCUGUUUUUGAACUAAGAAAAUGAUGAUAAGGUAACCUAAAAUUGAAAAACAAAUCACGUAUGUUUUACUUCCGGACUUUCCAAGAUAGUUCUCACAUGAAAGAACCAUGCAUUUUUCUACUUGUUUUUGAUGGUGCUCUCGAAUUUCCGUCUUUGAUUCAACCAUUGUCAAUAUUUAUACAAUUUUCACUACUGAAAGAGAUAAGAAAAUAACAUGUUAUAUAUAAAAAUGCGCAGAAUUAAAUUUCUUAAAAACUCAUCGCAAUCAACUAAUCUUUAAUAAGCUCACAUGGCAAAAUUUAAAACCAUCAUCACUUUCACCGCAGCGCUGCCUAGGUGUAGAUUGGUACGUUAGAUCGCCAAUAGAUCUUCCUCAAGGCGCCUAGAAGUAUAUACUAAGGUGGGCCAACUUGCUAAAACCAAGGCGCCUAGAAGUAUAUUCUAAGGUGGGCCCACUUGCUAAAUCCACUCUUCAGCCAUCUUGGAAGUCUACUGUGUUUUGUUUGUAAACAACACACAAUACGCUGGUGCCGAAGCUCGCUCGUGAUCAGUCUGUCUCUUUCACGCUACAAGCAAGUAAUUCCCCUUCUGCUUUCUUCCGUACUGUUUUCAUAUACCGCUCCCCUAACCAACUUAGUGACGAAACGGCCUCACCUAGUACCAUAGACCCGUCUUGGCUAAAACCACUCUUCAGCCAUCUUGGAAGUCUACUGUGUUUUGUUUGUAAACAAAACAAAACGCUAUCGCCGAAGGUCGCUCGUGAUCAGUCUGUCUCUUUCACGCUACAAGCAAAUAAUUCCCCUUCUACUUUCUUCCGUGCUGUUUUCAUAUACCGCUCCCCUAACCAACUUAGUGACGAAACGGCCUCACCUAGUACCAUAGACCCGUCUUGAUCUCCCUAAUGUAAACACAAAGUACGUAGAAUAAGAAGGUGGUCUACUCCCUGCUUUGUUGAAGUAAUGGUAGGCAAAGAAAAAUAGCAAAAAAUAGUAAUAAACCAUCGAUCAAAUCCAAAAAGAUUUAAAUAUUUUUUUAUUUUUUAAAUUAUAACACAAAAACUGUCUCAAAAUAUGUUUCGAAAUGAUGAAAUAGCAGUUUACUUAAUUAUUUUGAAAUUUAAAACAAUAAAAUUAUCGCAUCUGUACUAUAAAAUAUUGCAAAACCGAUAAAUAAAUGUGUAGAGGCGUUAUAUCGAAGCAGUGUCGUUCCCGUCCCCGAUUCAUGGAGCGAAUGCAUGGGAUAGCUGAAAACAUCCCCGAUUAGUUUAUCUCAUUCAAAAUUAUUCUGUUCCGGCAUCGCGGGACGUGGUACUUCAACAUUUUACUGAAGUAAACAAAAACCGUUCAGUAUAAAGAUGGCAAAAGAGUUCACUUUGAUGAACGGUUCAGUCACUAACCGUUCAUCUAAGUGAAUCAGUUCUUUUGAACCGUUCUUUCGCUCUUUCGUUCAGCGGUAUUAAGAACAACAUAGAAUGUUAGCUGCAACCCAACAUCAAUAGACAGCUAUUCAUUGAUAUCGUUGGAUUGGAAAUUGUACGUAUGGAAUUUAUAUUUUUGUAAUUUAGUCCUUCUUCAAAAGUCGCAAACUGUAUGUGAAAAUAUGUUUAUCGGCCGACAAAAGUAUAUGUAAUAAUUUAAGGCGAACAGAAUAUAUGCAAUUUUUCAUAUUUUCUGUUUGGACAAUACACAGGUUCCAUGUAGGAUCAUAUUUCAUUCAGAGAAAAAAUACAAGCCAUCAUGAUAACACAUACGCGCAAUAGGCCAAACAAUGGAUUGAAAGCAACGAAAAAACUUUUUUCUCAACUUGCCCUCACUAUGAGAUUUUAUGUUACCUAAUUCAUGAAUCCCCCCAGCUUUCCCGGAUUUUUUUCUGAUAAACAGGAAGUAUAUUAAUAUUACGCGGAAUUGAAAGAAUACAUGAAAUUGAAAAUAUAUAGCUUUGCCUUUAAAACUACGAAAAUCUAAUUUAAUUUUUAACCCAAAAUUGAGUAUACAUUAACAAAAUAAACCUUGCGUUACAUGCAUUUUGCUCAUAAAUGACAAUAUUGUUUUAUUUUCCUUACAAGCGUUCUCGUUAUAUUAAUCUAUUCCGUCCAGCACAAAUCAGUUCUGCUGCACUCGUCCGUUCGUAAACAGUUCGCCCGCAACAAACACUUCGUUCUCAAACAGUUCGUUCCCAAACAGUUCACUCUUAAUCAGUUCGCUCUCAAACAGUUCGUUCCCAGACAGUUCACUCUUAAUCAGUUCGUU